AUGCUCAAAGAAGUUGCCGUGCGGGAUGCACAUGUGGAAUCACUGCUGAAAGAAGCUGAUAGCAUUCUCAUCCAGUUAGAGGAGUUGUUGGCCCUAAAUGUGGUCUAUGAGGAGAUUGUUGAUUUGGAGGCUUGGAUGCAUCAACAGGCUACAAUCGCGGCAGCUUCCACUACGGGACGUGAUCUGUCUGAAUGUCUGCACCUUCUAUGUGCGGCAUCGUUCGCCUCUGAAGCAGAUGCAGCGGAACAAUGGUUGGAAGUUCAUGAAGCUGAUCUACAUUUGAACGAAACAGGCGAUUCCAUCCAAUCUACUGUUGCUUUGAUCCAGAGACACGAAGCUUUGGAGCACAACUUGCUUCUUCAAGCAGAACGGUUUGAACGACUCAAACGACCCACACAAAUGGAACUAUUGGACACGACCCCCGCAGAUUAUUCGGUUUCGGGAAAAGCUGCUUCAGGAGCCGUUGUGAGCGAGGAGACAUUGGGCAUGAUCCUAGCAGUCCCUACCGUGGACUCAAUGCUCCGGCAGUUUGGUUUGGAAGCUGAGAUUGAUUCUACCGCAAAAGAGCAUGCUGACCACCAGGAAGCUAUUGUGAAUAAAUCGUCCGAUGAAGAACUGUACAGUAUCGAUCAAGCAGUUUACACAGAGAACAUGGGUGAUCUGUUGUCUCGAAAGCACGAUCGGAUUAUAAUAAGCAAGACCCGUUGGCUCAUACAUUCCACAACGAACUCGGCUUAG